AUGAAGUCGUCAAAGAUGUUGGCAAAUCUCUCGUUGAGGCUAUCGAGCUCCUCUUCCAUGGUGGUUCCAUUUCCAAUCCAAACCUUAUUCAAUCAGCACCUCACUUCCAACCUUAAAACCUUAUUAUCAUCAUCAACAUCACGACCAUCUUCUAAUGAUUGCGUCAUGACCGUGUCCUUUCUAGCUCAUGCACUCGAUGCUUUAGUGGCCACCCAAAAGCUCGCCCACGAAUCUCUACCCAGCUUCGGCGAGCCGUCGGAUCGCGAAGCCAUGGAGCGUUAUCUGGAGGAGAACAGCAUUGAUCUGUUGGAUGCCUGCAAUGGGUUGGGGGACAAACUGGACAACGUUUGCGAGUACGUUAAAUCUUUGAGGUUGGCUCUUCACUGCCUCGAAGGUCGAAGCAGAAUGUUCCCUCCUACUUCAAUGGCGGUUGCGCGUGCCAAGAAACUGUUGCAGUCGUGCCAGGCCAUGGGAAUAGAAAGCACAAAGUCGUCUACUUCCUCUCUUAUUCCAAGUUUGAAGAAAAUUGUUGAACAUCAGCGUAUGAACUCGAGAGAAACCAAAAACAAAUACGACCUAAGAUCCGAGUUAGAAGAGAUUUUGGAUGGAUCGUCAGUGGUUACUUCAACGAUAUUUGAAAUUCUCGACAGUACACUGUUAAAACAUGGGAAUGGGCACAACACGACAGUAGUAAAGAUGAGUGGAUCGGCAACCUCGUACCAGUCGUGGCUAUCUUUGUUGCAAGAGUUAAGAAACAAUUACCUCAAGAAAGAGACUAAAAAGAGUUUGCAGGUCCGGGAACUACAAAACACAGUGUGGUUAGCUCAAGAAUUACGCCAAGAAUUGAGAUCUCAAGACUGUAGUAAGCUUAGGGUGAGAGUAGAAGAAUUGAAGAGGAGUUGCGAUGAAUUGGAAAAUGGGGUUAAAUUCUUAGAGGGAAAAGUGAAGGAGGUGUAUAGAUAUUUGAUGUGUGUUAGAAUGGGGUUGCUGGGGAAGCUCUCUUCCAUGGCCUAA